AAGGGUGCGUGGUCCUCCUGCCCUCGCGGACUCGACGCCAGUGCCAAUCGAAGGCGCACGUUGCUGCAGAAAUGGCGGGUAGCGCCGGGGAAUGGUGUCUGAUGGAAAGUGAUCCCGGAGUUUUUACAGAGCUGAUCAAGGGCUUCGGGUGCAAAGGCGUUCAGGUGGAAGAAAUAUGGAGCCUAGAACCAGAACACUUUGAUAAGUUAAAACCAGUUCAUGGCCUAAUCUUCCUAUUCAAGUGGCAGCCAGGAGAAGAACCAGCAGGGUCCAUUGUCCAAGAUUCAAGACUUGAGAAGAUCUUCUUUGCUAAACAGGUUAUCAAUAAUGCCUGUGCCACCCAAGCCAUUAUUAGUGUGUUGUUGAACUGUAUCCAUCCAGAUAUAGAACUAGGGGAAACUCUUGGAGAAUUUAAAGAAUUUUCACAAAGCUUUGAUGCUGCUAUGAAAGGCUUGGCAUUGAGCAACUCAGAAGUUAUUCGACAAGUUCACAAUGGCUUUGCCAGGCAACAGAUGUUUGAGUUUGAUGCCAAGACUGCAGGAAAGGAAGAAGAUGCGUUCCAUUUUGUCAGUUACUUUCCUGUCCAUGGAAGAUUAUAUGAACUAGAUGGAUUAAGAGAAGGACCGAUUGAUUUGGGGACAUGCAAUCAAGAUGACUGGGUCAGUGCAGUGCGACCAGUCAUAGAGAAGCGAAUACAAAAGUACAGUGAAGGAGAGAUAAGGUUUAACCUUAUGGCAAUCGUGUCAGACAGGAAGAUGAUAUAUGAAAGGAAGAUUAGAGACCUACAGAGACAGCUGUCGGAGAACUUUAUGUCAAAAAUGAACAGUGCAGAUGGACAAAGCUAUCUUUUUUUAAAUAAAGUUCAGUCACUCAAACCACUUUAGCAGAAUGAGGCCUUGCACUUUACAUGGAACAGUGCUCUCUUCCUUACAAAGAAAAGCAUCAUCCAAUUCACAGAGCAAUGCCACAAGCGACCUGCUAGUAUAGGAAAACUUCAGUCUUCCAAUUGUAUUUGAGAGAACUUUUAGACUAUUUUAUUGGUUGCGUACAUUGUAUUUUUACUUUUUUUAUGCACAAAAUAUGACAUUGACAUAUCGGGCAUUGACUAUGCUACCUAUGUUUCUUUGUGCCAAAAUGGAGCUUGGAUUUGCACAGAAAUUCAUGCUUCAAAAACAUGACAAUUAACCCUGUGGUGCAAUUAUAAUGAAAAACGAGUCAGCAGCUUGCCUUUUACUUGCUAUUCUAAAAUCUGCAUAUGGCGUAUUGUUACGAUGCAAAAGCGUACAUUAUCACUACUGUUAUAAUGUCUUAGGAUCACAGUAUAAAGUUCGUAUAGUAGUUGCCAAAAUGCUAAUAUGGACAUGCCAGUUUUUUUUUGUUCACCUACUCAACCAGUAGCAAAUGUUUGUUGGUGAGCUAAUGUGUAGGCAUCACGUUAUUCAAUCAAUGCUUGCUGGAAAAUAUAGACAAGGAAAAUGAUUGAACUAAUAAAGAUUUUUAAAUUUCAAAUCUGAAAGUUGUAACAAUACUGAACUGCUUUCAUGGCAUUACAUCAGCCUCAUUUCACUUAGUAAUACCAAUAACCUUCCGACAAAAUAUAUCUAAUUAAGAAAACAAAAAUCGAUGUGGUAGAGAAGAAAACCUAUUGGUGUAGUAUUACCAACUUAGCAAAGACAUUAUGUACUUUGAGUCACUGACUUGUUUUUCAGUGACGGGUCACCUGAGUAGCCAUUGGCACCAUUCCUCUCUGAGGUGAGACCUCUUGGUCUGAUGUAUAAUCUCUUUAGGUAAUAUGCAUUUAAUUAUA